GCGAAUGGCCAGUCUUGUUGAUGUAUCUGAAGUCAGAACGUGCUGAGCCUUGACCGGUGUGAUCGACUGGAGUUUGUUAACGAUGUCGAGGAUUUUGUGUUUGAUAAUGUUUGUGGCGGUAGCCAGUGGCGCCACCUGGCAGGGCAAGCUACCCUUAAAGCCCUCUCAUCUUGCUCACAAAGAAGGAUGUUACGUGAAAGAAAUUGACGACGUGAUACCAUUCGGAAAAACCGUCUCACCUAUUGGCUUCUGCUACAGAAUAGAGUGCUACCGUGACAUAAUUGCAUAUGCUUCAUGCGGUGUGGUAGGCAUAGCCGGCAAUGACAAUAAUUGCUUCAUAACUGAUGAAGACCUCAGCAAAAGCUAUCCUGAAUGUUGUCCAAAUGUUAAAUGCGAAGUAGACAACUAUCUCAUUUAGCAUCAAUAUGCCAUCAAGCAUUGCCUGGUUAUUGAGUAAACGUCACCAUCAGCUACAACAACGUGCCAACAGUCUCAAUGUAAUCUGAAUUCAGUCGGAACGCCAUACAUCAUCAUCAUCAUCAGCCGGAAGACGUCUACUGCUGGAAAGAGGCCUCCCCUAAAGAUUUCCACGGCGAUCGGUCCUGCGCUGCUCUCAUCCAGCGUAUUCUCCAUAAUGCCAUAGAUACUGACCUAAAAUUAACUUUAGUCGGAAUAUUUGUAUUGAACUCUUUCACUAAUAUUUAAGUCUCUACUGACUUAAAUAUUGCAGUAGCUCUAUUAUGAACAAUAUUAAUAAGAAAACAAUACUUAGGGACGUACAGUGUUAUAAAUAUUUAGUUCAUUAUCUUGGCGCCACACUCAAUCAUUUCACGCGUGAUGUAAUAAUAAAUAAAUAAAAUAAUGCUGAUACUUUACUUAUGGUAACUUAAAAACUACUCACUUUAGUUUAUUAAACAAAAAUUUUUGUAUAUUUUUAAGAUUAUACGUAGCAGUGCAGUAGCGUUGGCCACAGUUGGUUCAUGGGGAUUACAUUUUCGAAAGGGUUGGCUCAUUGGUCAUUGGAGCAGGUGCACCAUUGAUUGCGAUGGAACUUCACAAUCGUAUUGUUCGCAUUCCCAUUUAGAAUCACAACAGAUUAAUUAGCUCUUCCACUAUAUAUAGUAAUUGCAGUGAAAAAUUAAUUGUUGAAAUCGUAGGAUUAUGGAAGUAAAUCUUGCAGAUUAGUUGUUAGCUUAAGAAAUCCACUACCAUAUAGUUAUCUUUGUAGUUAUUUAAUGAUUUGAUGAUAAUUUUAGUUGUUAAAUGCUAUCAUUUAGCCUUAUACUGUUAUCUCAAGGUUUAAAAUUAAGUUAUCAAAAAUAUUUCUAAACAUAAGGUCAAAAUCACAAUGACUUUUAUGACGUUGAUCAUUUGAUUACUGCUCCAGUUAAAAUAUUUUACUCAUCUAGUGAAAUCAUUUGUACAAAUUGUAACAUUUAAAAUCAAGAACAGCUAUGUAAAUAUAUGUUUUGUACAUUAACAUAUUUUGUAAAUUGUUGUAAACAAAAUAACGUUACAAAAAUUUCAUGUAAAGUUUGAGCAUUGUUUGUAAAAUCUAUUAUAAUAGUUAACCCUCUUCAGCCCAACCGAACUAAAAUGGGAUUGGCAAAAUAAUACUAGAGUUUGCCGGGCUUAUGUCUGAGAUAAUUAAGUCCUCGAAAACCAUCAUACUUUGUAUGAAAAAGUUACUUGGACCUGUUUGACAGUCAACUGCUUUCGAAAUACGACGCUUUCUAUAAAUGGAAUAAUGCAUCUGUUCAAUUUAUACUUUUCUUUACUAUUAUGUGUCAUUUGUUUCCUUGAAUUUAAGAGCGAUGUAAAUCCUUAAUGGAAUUUCAAUUAUUGAGCGAAGCUGAGCGGAGCUCCCACUGGGUGACUCCAAUUGAUUUCUGUGUUAAAUUGUUUCUCGGCCAUUUCUGAACCUAUUUUAAAAAAUUUUGAACUCAAAGAAAGCUUUCGAAAUUUUCUAGGAUAUUGUGGAACAAAAUUUUAAAUUUCGACUAGAUACAAUUAUUAUAAUUAAAAACAAACAUGAUUAACAAUUUACAAAUUCUAAAUUAGCGCGCGCUAUUUAUAUUUAUUUAAAAAUUGAGCCGAUUGAUCAAAUCACAAUAAGUCUUUAUUGUAACACUUCUAUCCUUUGAUCAUAUUCGAUUGUUCAUGAUGUAUAAGCAUCAAUAGCUUACCUCGCUUCGCUCAAAUAUACGCCCCAGCGAAGCGGUACGCCGUCCGACUGCGGCACCCUAGUAAAUGUUUGUUAAGACUAAAAGUUAGCAUUAUGUAUGUGUCGAUGAUAAGAUGUAACCAGUGUUGAUGCUCAAAGGGUUUGUUAAGUUCCUUUUAUAAGAGUUUUAGAUAUAUUUGUAUCUGACUCUUGAAGCUAUCUUGCCACCAAAUUGUUAAUGUUAUUUAUUUAAUUAAAUUAGUUUUCAUUAUAAA